CAUGCGUAUACUUACACGGUGAUGGGAUUCCCUCUAGUCACCGAGCUCUCUUACCACUGAGCUGAAAGCCGGAUAUAUCUUGAUCAAAAACGACCAUAAAGUCACGUCCCAAGAAAAUGGGCCAUAACGUAGAAGAAGGGAAUUCCAUAUACCAUUAUGUCUCUGGCUUCGGCUCGUUUUCAGAUUUUAUUGCCAGCGACGAGGACAAAAGCACCGCGGUUUACAAUCAGUUCAGCAGAUUAGCGGCCAGGGAUCUAGUAUAUUAUCAAAGCGAGCUGGCAGAGCUUCAGGCUCUGCAGGACCAAUACGACAUUGAAGAUGCGAAAGACGUUGAGGAUCUGCAGAAGCUCGAUCUUGGGAGUAUUAUCAGGGCACACACUAGAGAUUGGGUAACGUUCAAGCACUCAGCUUGGGGCCAGAGCAGACCAAACACUCAUCUGGUGCCAGACGAGCGGUGGAAGAAACGGAUGGAUCUCGCCAUGGAGAUCCGGGCAACAUUAAAGGACUACCAAGAGGCUCUCAUCCGCCAGUCGACUUUGGCUAGUCUACCCCGUCCAUCAAGGCAGACGAUGACGGCGCUGUCGAACUACUUCCACACGCGGGCCGUUGUCCCACAUGCGACUCCUUCCGCCGCGCAGCAGCAGACUACAACGACGUACCCCAUUCUGACGGGCGCGAGUUCGAAGCUCUACGCGACCGGUAUGACGGAAGCGCAAAUACGUCUCUCAGAUUACAUUUCGCUCUCACGGCCGGCGGAGGCUGAGGAUCCCCUCACGCACUUCCUCAAGACGUACUGCUCGUGCCUGUUCAGGGAACGCAUAGAGCCCCUAGAGUUUCCCUCUCGGGCAAUCUCUCACCUAUCAGCGCGGCAGGUCGUGCGGUACUCCCUUACGCGGAUUCAACUAGCGGUAUCCUUCAUCACGACUUUCUUUGCUGCCGUGCUACUCUUCCUACCUAUCGCAGUCCUUCCCAUAUCAUCGUCACAACAUGAGACACUUGGCCUCAUCGCGCUCUUCGUCGCUCUAUUCGCCAUUGCCAUCAUGCUCAUGACGAACGCUAGGCGGGCUGAGGUGUUCGGUGCCUGCGCCGCCUACGCUGCCGUGCUUGUUGUGUUUAUUAGUGGAGAUUUCGCAGGUGGGGGGAAUAAGUAGGCAAAUUGUCUUGUCACUGUCGACUGAUGGUGUAGGAGGGGUGGAAACGACCAAAAAGCGGUCUCUAGGUACGAUUGUUUAGACUUUCAAGCCAUAUUUACUGAGUAAUAGUAAGUCGGUACGCCACAAGCCUGGUGCGGAUGCUGAGGUGAGCUUCAUGACCUGAAGUAGUUACCUGGCGGUAUGGCGUUCUGCUUAUCUUCUAUUGCAACCACGAGCUUAGAGUAUCUAGGCGCUAAGUUGAUUCAUGAAAAAUAUGAUUUGUUGCUGCACGAG